UUACGAGAAGGCAGGUCGGCGGAGAUUGCGAGAAGGCAGGUCGGCGGAGAUUGCGAGAAGACAGGUCGGCGGAGAUUGCGAGAAGACAGGUCGGCGGAGAUUGCGAGAAGGCAGGUCGGCGGAGAUGGCGAGAAGGCAGGUCGGAGCAGAUUGCGAGAAGGCAGGUCGGCGCAGUUUGCGAGAAGGCAGGUCGGAGCAGUUUGCGAGAAGGCAGGUCGGCGGAGAUUGCGAGAAGGCAGGUCGGCGCAGUUUGCGAGAAGGCAGGUCGGGAGCAGAUUGCGAGAAGGCAGGUCAGCAGAGAUUGCGAAAAAAAGGCAGGUCGGCGGAGAUUGCGAGAAGACAGGUCAGCGCAGUUUGCGAGAAGGACAGGUCAGGAGCAGUUUGCGAGAAGACAGGUCGCAGAGAUUGCGAGAAGGCAGGUCGGCAGAGAUUGCGAGAAGGCAGGUCGGAGCAGAUUGCGAGAAGGCAGGUCGGCGCAGUUUGCGAGAAGGCAGGUCGGCGCAGUUUGCGAGAAGGCAGGUCGGCGCAGUUUGCGAGAAGACAGGUCGGCGGAGAUUGCGAGAA